UGUUUAUUUAUUUGACCAAAUGUAUUUCAAAGGAAGGGCAAUUUGCUAACUUCCUGUUUCAACCCAUAAACAACACGCGACGCUUCAAGUCGCUGGACGCUUUCUCUUCUACAUCGUCUCCUCCGGUAUGUUCAGACCAGACACGACACGAGAAGGUUUCUCAUUGAAUUGUAGAAUUAAACAUUGCGGCAUUCGCGAGGACAGCUGCGUGUUCUCUUGCUAUUAUCAACAUCUGCCGUAACUACGACAACAACAGACGCAUUCGACCGAAGGUCGCCAGUUAACAGGGUCUCAGGUUGAACCGUAACACCGGCAUCUCGUCCAGCAGCUCCUGAAGAGUCCGUCUGGAAGCUCCUCGCCUCCCAGCAGCCGGACAAAGGGCUCGGCCUUCUGGACUCGUUGAACGUGGCAUGUCGGUUCCAACCUGUAGAAGGAAUCAAACGGAGACUUUAAUCGUCCCGUUCAUCUUUGGGCCGACGGGCUUUCUCUUCGCCACACUUCCUGACUUCCUGUCACUGAAGCUCCGGGACACUCAGCGGAAUGGCUGCGUUCCUGCGAGCUCGUAAAUAUGUUCGUUGUGUUGUCCGCUUCUCCGACCGUGAACUGUAAACGUGUUGACCGCUUGUGACGAUACAAACACAAACCGGACGCCUGCUAGCCACGCUGCCAUGGCUGAAGAAAAUGCAGAUAUCGAAGGUACGGAUGAAGAUGAAGGUUCAGAUGACCCAAACCUUCAGCUGGAGCUCAGUACGUUCAGAGCGCAGUGGAUGUCUGAGCUCAAACGGAGCUCUGGAGCAAGUGGCCGACUGCUGCGAGCUAAAGGUCUGAAGAGGCCCCAAGAUAUUGCUCGAGAGGAAAAGGCCACCGAGCUGUUCCUGAGAGCAGUUCAGGAAGAGCAGAAUGGAGCUGUCUAUGAGGCAAUCAAGUUCUAUCGCAUGGCUAUGCAGCUUGUGCCUGACAUUGAGUUCAAAAUCAACUACAGCCGUCCUCCUGAUGCAGACCGAGUGGGAGGAAACUACGUGGACAAUAAUGUCGACGGUGAAAUCGAGGAUCUCCUUGCCUACUUUGAGCAGGAGCUCACUCUGGAAAGCUCAUUUCCAAAGAUCUGCACUCCUGAGUUGGAUUUGACUCAGAUGCACAUUUCCACCUUGCCGCAUGAAAUCCUGAUGUACAUCUUCCGUUGGGUUGUGUCGAGUGAUCUGGACAUCGGCGCCCUGGAGCAGCUGUCUUUGGUCUGCCGUGGGUUUUACAUCUGUGCAAGGGACCCUGAGAUUUGGCAUUUAGCCUGUUUAAGAGUGUGGGGGCGGAACUGUACCAAACUGGUUCCCUUCAAUUCCUGGAGGGAGAUGUUCCUGCAAAGGCCUCGUGUCCGCUGCGAUGGAGUUUAUAUCAGCAAGUCGUCUUACAUUCGUCAAGGAGAGGAAUCACUGGAUGGAUUUUACAGAGCGUGGCAUCACGUUGAGUACUACAGGUACCUCCGGUUCUUCCCUGACGGCCACGUGGUCAUGCUGACCACCCCUGAAGACCCUCUGAUUGUUGUUCCUCGCUUGCGUACUAAGAACAUCAGAAUGGAUUCUGUUCUGCUCGGUCAUUUCCGUCUGUCGCAGGAGACGGACAAUCAAACCAAAGUUUUUGCUGUUGUCUGUAAGAAAAAGCAGGCGACCGAGUUUCAAAGGAAUCAGUUCUGCAGGCGGAACCCACCUCCAGAGGCCGAGCACAGCUUUCACGUGGGACUGCAUCUGUGCUCUGGGGGGCGUCAGAGUUUCAAUAAGCUGGUGUGGAUCCACCACUCCUGCCAGAUCACUUACAAGCCGACUGGAGAGACGGUUGUCACGGCGUUUGACCUGCACAGCAACUACACCCCCUUCUUCUUUGCGCGUGUGAAGAGUUACACGGCGUUCUCCGAACAGCCUCUUUGAGCUGCCUGAGAACCUCCAUCGUCCCUCAAAGACCACCGCAGAGGUUCAUCCGCCAUUUCAAGGAAACGCAUCCUCCUCAGCUUGUUAGAUUUGUGUUGCAGCUGGAUUACACUCGUGACCUAUGAACCCACGUGUUUCCUACUAGCAGAGACUUCAUGUUUCCGGUUUGCAUGAUAGGAUACUACUUAUUUUCUGAUUUCAGAAAUUAAGAUAAUCUGUUGAGAGCUAAAAUAAUUAGCAACCUUUCCCACCUGCUUCAAGCAAUGAAUGUUCUUAUGAUGUUUGUUUCAUGGCGCACUUUCUCCCUCAAAUAAACUGGUGAACAAAUGU